AUGUCACCUCACGUAUCCAGUGAAAAACUCAGCGGAUUUGAAGUGCUAGGGAAGAUAAUGCACCAGUGUACCAUGAAAAACGAGAUGUUCAAGUGUUUUAAAGUGCAAGCAAUCAAGGUGGCUGAACGUGCGACGAAAGCAAGGAGUUUGGAUAUUGUUGAUGGAGUGAAAUUAGUGAGCAAUGGGAGGCUGUCAAAGAGUAUGCGAUUUGGGCUGAGCUCCAAUGAGACCAAGCUAGAUAAUUUGGAUGACGAGCAACUGAAUAACUUACUUGGAGAUUCGACUAAAAGGUUCUUGGAUACCCAUCAGCUGGAAAUCAAAGUUCCCGACCUAGUAGAAGAAGGAAGGAAGAGAAAAGGGAACAGAGGUGGCAACAACGCUGCCCUAUACUGGGCCCUCGCCAUCAAAGGCACCUUCCUAGCGGUAGCCUACAAGGGUAUCGCCAUCAUGUCGGGUCUUGCCCUAAUCAUGGGCAAGAUGGCGCUGAUGCUGACCGCCAUCUUGGGGUUGAAGAAAUUGGUGAGCAGCGGACAAGAAUCUACCACCUUCGAAAUCAUCAAGCAGCCUAAAUACAGCGAGAGUCAUACCCAUUCAACUUCUUAUGAGGAUGAUCAUCAUAAAGCGUAUGAUAGGAAUGAUUGGAAUGGGUCCACUAGGAUCAUUAAGACCUAUCUUUGA